AGCAAAUUGGAAAGCAUUCAAAGCUAAACAGCUGGAGAAGAAAGAUCCACGAAAUCAAGAAACUAUGGCCGAUGUUAAUAUCAAUCUCCAGUGCGAGUGCUACCAUCGUCGAGGACUUCUCUAUGUUGCCCGUCCUUGGGCCUGGGGACGUCCUUGCCGUCGAUGCCGCAGGAUGAUGUCCAGGAACGUGGUGGUGAUGCCUACUCAGGUGUCUGUUCCCGCCGUAACCACCACCACCACUGUGGUGCCCAUCGCUGUAUCCACCUACUAAAAGAUGAGGACUUUAAAUUUUGCAAGAGAGAGUCGUCAAUACAUAAAAACUAAGACUGAAAUCUUAAAUGUAUUUGUAUAAUAAAUGUUAACAAUGUAAUAAACCUCAUUAAACUUAA